CCACUGAUCGGGAAAAGGGAUCUCGACAGCACGAAGAUGUACGGUCAAACAUACGAUCCUCAUGUCUUCGAACCUCGGCGGUGGAUAGAACGACCUGAAGGAGUUGGAGAUCUCACCGAGGGUCAUCCGUCCUUUGGUUUUGGGCGAAGAAUCUGUCCAGGACGAUAUAUGGCUGUGAACUCGCUGUUUAUCGUUAUAGCUCAUCUCUGUUACUACUUCGAUAUCAAAGCAAAGGACGGAGUCGAGGUUGACACCCAAGCAUAUACGACAGGUAUAAAUGUUGAACCGGAACCAUUCGAAUGCGACAUUACACCUCGAGAGGAUCGUAUUGACGACGUGGAAGAGCAGGCCGAAACUGCGAGAGAAGCGCUUCGCUGCCUGUAAGCCUGGAGGAUAGGAUGCGUAUUUAGUCGUCAGGCGUGAUUAGACUACCACUUACUGCAGUAUACCUGGAAGUUUGGAAGGACAGGCUUCAGCAAUCCUACCGUCGUGCCCUUAGAACGAGAGUAAAGA